AUCUGAAGGAUGUCACUCUCUGCUCAUUUCAAAGUGCGGCGCAAAGUGCUCCAUCUGCCAUCAUGAGAGAGGCCCACUGGUGCAUCUGUGCGAGAGGCAGUAGGAUGGCUGGCUUUGUGAGUGACUUUUUAAACUCCAGCUGUGGAAAGUCCCAGGUCUUUGAACACUGUCAGAGCUUGGCCACUGUCCAGUCCUGUUUUCAUCCAGUGCUGGAGGAAUUGUAAAAUUCCCUGGAAGAAAAAGCUUUGUAUCUGUGAGCCCGUUUUAACUAUCAACAAGAACACAAGAACCACAAGAACAUUAUUAAGCUUGGUAUUUCCAAGAGACAUUCAUCGAGAGUCCUGCUGCUGUGAGAAGGCAUUUUAAGAAUCAGUCGUGUAGCCCAGAAGAGAGCAAUGGUACCAGUUCCGGAGAUUUCAUUGCAUAUCUCGAUGUCUUCCUUGGAAGAUCCAGCAUGUGAAGUUACUAUACCUGAAGGCAGAGGCUUCAUCUUUCCUUUUGAAAGCAAGACUGUUCCUCAUGGUUUCGAAUGAGCUCCUGAUGAAAAAGAACUCUAAAUUUGGAAGGCAAACAAAAAAAACAACCCAAACUUAAGACUUCAAAGCUACUCUCAUAGUCUCGGAGACCUCGGUCAUAAUAUUAAGUAGGGCUGAAAUGCUGAGAACAAAAUCAAGGGGGAGGCAGAGUGUGUUAUCUAUUUUCAAGAUAAACCAACAGCAACAUUAAGGAUUAGUAACCCAACAGAAGCUGGAGAGAAGAGUGCUUAAGAGCCACUGUUUGAACCAGAAGGAUAGUGGAAAGUGGUUUUUGGAGCCUGGCUGCAGAGUGGUGUAAGUGUCCCCAGCUCCCAGCUUUUGCACUCACCUUUCGCAGGUACAUGCAGAAGGCAAAGAUGAAGAACUUGUUCCUACUUCUCUCGCUAGUAAUCGUGCCACCUUCCUCGUUUUCAGGCCACCGGAUGAAAAGGCAGAUUGAUGGCUGGGGGAGCUGGGGUGAAUGGGGCAAGUGCAGUCGGAGCUGUGGCGGUGGAGUCAGCUUUCGGCAACGCCGUUGCUAUUCCCAAAGGACAGAAAAUACUUCCAGUUGUGUUGGGCCAACUCGAAGCUAUCGGUCAUGCAACAUUCAGAGCUGUCCAGAAGGCUCCCAGGAUUUCCGGGCAGAGCAAUGUGCAGAGUUCGAUGGGACAGAAUUCCAAGGAAAGAGAUACAAGUGGCUUCCAUAUUAUGGAGCACCUAAUAAGUGUGAGUUAAACUGUAUUCCCAAGGGAGAAAACUUCUACUAUAGGCACAAGGAAGCAGUGGUAGAUGGAACUACCUGUGAACCUGGCAAGCGGGACAUCUGUGUAGAGGGAGUUUGUCAGGCCAUUGGCUGUGAUAACAUGCUGGAAUCGACCAAGAAGGAGGACAAAUGCCUGCAGUGUGGAGGAGAUGGCAGAACCUGCUAUGGUGUGAAGGGCACUUUUGAUGCACCCAGCCUUCCUAAAGGGUACAAUCAAAUCUUCAUUAUCCCUGUGGGAGCCACAAGCAUCCAAAUUAAGGAGGUGAUGCCCAGCAGGAAUUUUCUGGCUGUCAAGAACGUGCGAGGGGAGUACUAUCUGAAUGGACAUUGGACAAUUGACUUCAGCCGAGCGCUGAACGUAGCUAGUACGGUAAUGCACUAUGACCGUGGUUCAGAGGGUGAUCUGGCCCCAGAGCUCCUCCAUGCCCGGGGCCCCACCACAGAACCCCUCAUUAUUGAGCUCAUUAGCCAGGAGCCAAACCCAGGGGUACAGUAUGAGUACUACCUGCCUGUGCAAGGACAGACCUCAGAUUACAGCUGGAGCUACAGUUCCUGGAGUGAGUGUAGCGUGGAGUGUGGAGGAGGUUUCCAAUCCCGCUCGGUGUUUUGUACCAUAGACAAUGAAAUUUAUCCGGAUUAUAUGUGCAGGAAUAAACCACAACCAGACAAUAACCGGACUUGUGGCCAUCAGAAUUGUCCCCAUACGAAACGGACUUCUUACAUCUAUCUGCCACAAGCCUGGAGUCACAGUGGAGCACGGAGCUCUCAGAUGAAAAGGUGGAAAACGGGGGAGUGGGGGUCCUGCUCAGCUACCUGUGGUGGGGGCACCCAGACUCGCUCCGUUUACUGUGUGGCAUUCGAUGGUCAGAGCUCCCAAGGGGUGGUGGAUGACGCUGAGUGCAUGGCCUUUGCGCAGCAGCCUCGCAGCAGUCAGCCCUGCAACCUGCGACAGUGUGCAACCUGGAGCACAGGGCCCUGGUCAGAGUGCUCCGCCAGCUGUGGGGAAGGUGUCCAGACUCGGACUGUCACCUGCAGAACACAGCAGGGCUCUCAGGCUCAGGACUUUGCUUGUCUAAUGGAGCCAAAGCCAUCAGCCACACAGCCCUGCCAUAAGGAGAACUGCAUCCAGGAAAUUGGCUGGCAUGUUGGAGAUUGGGGCCUGUGUUCGAAGAGCUGCAAUUCAGGCAUCCGGACACGUCAAGUCAUCUGCGCUGAUGGUGACUCCAAAUUCUACAGUCCUGAGACAUGCAAAGCCAUCCAGCCACAGAAACCAGCCACCCUGGGUAGCUGCAACACGCAGCCCUGCUACCUGCCUCAGCAGGUCCCCAGUAUGCAAGACACUAUGGGAUACGACGUCACUCGCCAGUCCUUGCUGACACGUUACAACCCAAACAGCCCUGCCACAGAUUCUGGUGAUGAAAGGAUGCCUCCUGGGAGCUCCACGGUUCAUAGGACCUCUGAGAAUUACCACAACCCAUCCACCAACGACCAUGGCAUCAACUUGUUGCCUGUUCGCUGGGAAUCCCAGUCACACUCGUCAAGUUCGCAUCAGCUGAGCUUCUUUCAGGACCCCACUGGAGGAACUGGCUUUCCAGACUGUCAUCGAAGCCCACAUGGCUGCUGUCCAGAUGGGCACACUCCAGCUUCAGGCCCUUUGGGUAGAGGUUGCCCCUUCAGCGCUUGUCACCAAAACAGGUAUGGAUGCUGUCCUGAUGGAGCAUCAGCUGCCCAGGGUCCAAACAACAUGGGAUGUCCACAAUAUAACCGUGAUGGUCAAGUGAGCAGAAAUCAGGCCACUGUGGCCACUCCAGCAGCAAGUCAAGAGUUGUCCCAGCAGCAACCCUCAGUCGAGUGCCGCAGUUCCAUCUAUGGCUGUUGUUUUGACAAUGUUGCUUCAGCUUCAGGUCCUCAAGGAGAAGGAUGUCUCAAUAGGCCCAGCUACCCGUAUCCUGUCAUAUGCCUGCUGCCCAGUGCCCACGGCCCCUGCACAAACUGGACCACUCGCUGGUACUUUGUGACUGUUGUUGGCAAGUGCAACCGGUUUUGGUAUGGCGGCUGUCACGGCAACAAAAACAGCUUUGCCUCUGAGGAGGAUUGCAUGAGGGUAUGUCACAACUCUGUGGGAGUCAGUCUUCCAGAGCACCAGUCCUCUUCUGGCACAGGAGCCUUGCAACGCCAGCACGGUGCCUCCCACUCUCAUACAGGGGAUGCUCGGAGUCAACCAAGAGAGUCUGCAAGCCACAGCCAAGAAGAAAGAGCCUAUGGGGCUUCACACCCCAUGCAAGACAGCCACAGACAGGACAGCUGGAGAAGUGAGGUGCUGCCAGAGCCUUUGCCAAGAACCAGUGUGUUGGAGAGCCAGCGCUGGGGCACCCAGCAAAGCAGAUUGGACAGCCCGAGCCAGCUGCACUUGCGGCAAACAGCAGUGCCCAGGCCCUCACAGACACAGAACAGAAGCGGCCAGCAGGUGCUGCCCCGUGAAGGCAAGCCAUGGCAUAAGGCUUUCAGAGCAGAUGUUUCUAUGACAGAGGGAUUUGGGCAUCAGGUGCCUGCAGACUCAUUCCCAGCACGGGCUCUGCACAGAGCUAUCCUAGAGGAAGACAAGCCCUCUCUUGUCACAGCAGUCAUGGGACAAAACAUCCAGCUGGUCUGCAAGGCAGGCAUGUCCCUCUCCUCCAGAGUGGAGUGGGCAAAGGAUGGCCGUCCAGUCUCCUCUGAUAGGCACACCUACCAGUCUGACAGCUCCUUAGUGAUCAGCCAUGUCAAGCCGGAGGAUGCCGGGACUUACACGUGCCUCAUCUCUGAUGGGAGGACAGAGAGCCGACAGAUUCAAUUACAGAUCACAGAGCAUCAGACCUCUCUUCGUGCAGAGGGUGAGAGAGGUCGGGUCCUUCACAAGGAAAAUCAGCAGCAUCGAGGGCGAUCCAGAGGCAGGAAGGCUGAACAGGCAGCCGGUUCCUCUGUGCAUCAACAAUUCACAUACAGAUUGAGAAUGGAUAAGAGCGAGCCUUCAGUAGUGGAGGCCAGUGUUGGGGAGAGAGUCAGACUGCCCUGCAGAGUGGAAGCAUCGCCGGCUCUCAGCAUUGAGUGGCAGAAAGACGGGCGGCCCCUCUCGUCUCCAAGACACAGGCAGCAGUCAGACGGGGCCCUGGUGAUCAGCCGGGUCAGCUCUGAAGAUGUUGGCUUCUUUACCUGUAUUGCCUCGAAUGGACGUGACCAGGACCAGCGCCAGGUCCUGUUCCGACCUCUAGGGGAGCUGAGGAUCACUGGUCUUCUGCCAAGCAUCACGGUACCUGAGGGAGGGACUGCUCAGCUUCAUUGUACAGUGACAGGCAACAAUGUGAAUAUAAGGUGGUCAAGGAAUGGAGUCCCCAUGCGGGCAGAUGAUCACCACAUCCACCUGUCCCAGGAUGGAAGCUUGAUCAUAAGCAACAUUCAAGAGGCUCAUGAGGGAUCCUAUACCUGCAGUGCCUACAGCAGCACCAACUCUGUCAGUGCCAGCACAGAGGUGAAAGUGCUGAGAAGCAAACCUAGCACUGCUGUGAAUCACGUGGACCUGAGCAGGGAGUGUGUGGACCAGCCACACCUCGCCAACUGCGACCUAAUCCUGCAGGCCCAGCUCUGCAGUAAUGACUACUACUCCAGCUUCUGCUGUGCUAGCUGCUCUCGCUACCAGCCACGGGCCAGCCCUCCUCGCCACCAUGGGCGGUAGACACUUCCACGGCCACAUAAAAGUUCAGGUGACGUAGUAUGAGACUGGAAGUCUGAACUCUGUACUUCUACUGCGUCGAACUGUUCUGGGAGCUUUGCCUGCUGGAAAGCUCAAGAGGAUGAAUGGAACUGAGAGCAGUGGGUGUAACUGUUGAAAGGUGGGAGACCCACCACCCUGGGGUUUAUUGCAAAGUUCCUUUCCCCCCUAUGUAUGCCUUGCUGUAGCUGAUCCAUCUCUUCACUUUAAGGGUAGUUGCUAUCGUUCACAGAACAGGAUGACACUGGGAACACAGGGAUGCCGUGACUUUAGAGAAGGCGGAUAACCAGCAUGAAAGAGGGCAAGAGCAACUCAUCAUACAAGCACAAAAGAAGGCACUUAAAAAAAAAUAAAUCUCUGAGGUGUUUGAAGAUGGGCCUGAACUAUCUUCACCAAAGCACUAAUGAGCAAUGAACAUUUGUAAUCCCAGGGAGUGCUUUCCGUCUAAAUGCAAAGGAUUCUCACCAUGAGAAACAGCUUGAGGCCUGUAAAAUUAGUGUUCGGGUCCUAUGAGAUUACUAGCUGGGAAGCAGCUGUGAUGUCAUAUCACUGUAGCUGUUUUAUUCCAGCAGACAAAUUUCUAGCUGCAUCAGUUUGAUUUCUACUUGGCCGUUAUCAGCUUUGGAGUGAAAUGCAGAAGCGAUGCUUCACAGAAAGCUUAAGACAAACUGGAAGACUGCUUUUAACCCUUCCUGAAUGCUAAGACCAAUUUAGAUGAACACAUCAACACUGCUCUCUGUUCUGUGAUGCUGCAGUUUAAAUAUCAUUCACUCCAGGAGCGCUCAGCAGAUGAUUUUUAUUUUUUUUUUUUCUGAACGGGAACUGUGCUGUUGAAUUUAUUGCAAAGCUGAGCUCAUAGUAGUGUUGCACUGGGUUUCAGCUUGGGGAGGUGAAUAAUAUACAGAUAAAAAUACAUGUAGGGGCAUUUGACUUGGCAAAAUAAACCUCCCAACAAUCUGCUGUGGACUCAGGUAACGUCAGGGAAGCCUGGCUCUCUGCAUGUGGCCUGGGCUGAUUCCUGCCGCUAAGGGCUAACAAACAAGGACUUCCAGACGCAAAGCAGCUAAAGCUGAAAAGCAUCUUUCUUUUCAAGAAUAGCACUGAGUUGAUAAUGAGCAUGAAUUAUCUCUCUGAAAAAGAAAUUUUCAGGCAUUGGUGGUGGUGGGGUGGAGCUGAGACUAUGUAAUGAUUUGUUAAACCAGGAAAGGCUCUUGGGUGUCUUCAAUAUCUCAAAAUGGAAUUACAACUUCUGAGCAAAAGAACUUCUUACAGCCUCCAUGGCUGUUGUACCCCGGCAGCAGCCCUAACAGUCCCCCCCCUUUCCCAUUCCAAACUCCCUGCUGAGAUUAGGAUGUGUUAAUCAUAUCAAUUAGUACCACCACCCAUUUACUAUUUGUAUAGAUGUAGCUAUAAACUAGUAGACUGCUAUGUAGUGUUGCUGUUCAUGUUUUGGUUGGAGGUGGGUGGAGGAUUGUCCUUUUUUCCUUCUACUUCUGUUACUUUACUUUAAGGCUUCGAGGGCCGGCAGCUAAUUCAGGGCUGUGCUCACACCACCGUGCUCUCCUUCAGUUCUGGCUCAGUACUCAGGGCAGCAGCAACGCAUAGGUGUAAAUCCCCAGGUCUGACAGCCUAAAGCUGGUUUGGAUUCUAAAUCCAGUAAAUCAGUUCAGCUGCACCUAAAAAUAAGAAUUACUAACCUAAUGACUGCACUCUCUUCAGCGGAGGUACGGCUUCAGGAUGGGACACACAGCGCUAAGAUGUGAACCAACUGAAGCGUCUAGAAGCAAUUCAGUAAAGGGGAGAGAGGCGACAGCAGCUAUUUGGGGGGUGGGCGGUGGUGUCUCUGUGGCAGAUCCUGCUUGCUAAAAAAGACAAAAAUCCUUAUUUAGCAGUUAAGAUGCCUUCCCCUAAUUUGAUUAGGGAAAACCCUUUGCUGUAAUCCAUGGUAGGCAUUACAGUGUAAGGUUUGGAUGUUUAGGAACUCCUAAUUUCGUUUGUACGUAAUUUUGCAUUUCACACCAGCAUCAUUUUUUGUGUGUAUGGUCAGGAUCAGUAUUUUAGUGUACAGGAUGAUUUUGCCCUUUGAGACCAGGGUCUAAUCACAGACUGUGUAAAUUCCAGUCUAAGCAAAGCCCUCCCAGUUCCCACGUCCAGCCAUGAAGGAUCGUCAAGAUCUGUGGACCUGUUCAAGAGUAUGGUUAGAAGUUAUAUCAGACCCUUUUGUCCCAGAGUAAGCAGCCAGUUCUACAAUAUCCCUUUCUACUCUUUCAGAGGCUCUGUUUUUAGAACGUUUAAAUAUUCUGUGUAGUCAGCCUUCAAUUAAGCCAUAUGGUUGUACAAGAUGUGGGCAGAGAGCUCUUACUUGGGAGAGCUGUAACAGCCACCUCUAUUCUGAUGAGCAGGACUUUAACCUUGAAGGUUCUUCAGUCGAGUGUUUACCCCGACCCCCUUUCAGCUGCAUAACCACAUUAGUAAGGACGCUAGUUGAAGGUAUGCCUCUCACUCCUUUAAAUACACGUCAUCACCACAACAGUUAACCAAAGGGUCUUUUUGCAUUUCUUCUCUCUGGCACGCUGAGCGUUCCCCUCACUCUUGUGCCACUUCACUGCCAAAGGGAACUCUUUACUUUUUUUUUGGUAUCAAGAUGUUUUUCUUCCUUAAACAAUAGAUAGUAGGAAGGCCAUAUCUCCUUUAUUGUUAUCUCCAGGGUAGGGGAAGGGUGUAGCUCUACUGGGCUAUUUUUGGCUGAUCUUUGGGCACUGCUGUGAAAGAUACAGAACUCAUAGGAAAGAAAGCGCACAUAGCUUAUUCUGUUAUAAACAUCUACAACUAUUGCUUACUGUUUGAAAGCUGAAAAAAAGCAUUAGCACCAACUCAAAUACCAUAGGGAACGUUGUUCACUACUAUUGGUAUCACACUGAAAACAGGUAACUGUAAAGCAAAAAAGCCCCAGUUUUCUAGACAUCACUGUGAAACUCACUGUACGUGCCUGGAAGUGGAAACUUCUGGAAACAAGGGCAAACAACAGGAGCAUUUCUUCCCCUUCAGGUUACAAAGACUGACUUUUCCUUAUGUCUAAAACUACAUGGUGCGCAUAAAAAUACAGUAAGAAACAGCUAUACUAACAGGGUAGGUAUCAACUUAUUGGGAGAACAGAAAACCAAAGUGAGUUUUGCUUUCUGAAUGUGUCUUCCUAUUUGUCUGGAAAUGUAAAUAUUUGAUGCUAAAAAAUACCAUGAUGCAAACCCAGAAUCUGAUCUGUUCAGUAAAGCCCCUCCAUUUCAGAGCUUUAAAUAGUUAUGGGUCACAACGAUAUCUGCACGUCCAGUCUUAAAGUUCA